CGGACAGAGCAUGAAAUACUGGAGGUUUACUAAAUAUUCGGGUGCGCUUAUGUACGUGCGUGUUGUUUAAAUAUUUACCUCAACACGAAUCCCUGAUGAAGCAAGUUUCAGAGCUACUGUUAUGAACAAUCACUUACGUUGCCUCAAUCGCGCUGUACGAGGCAAAUGAAAAGGUGGUGUUUGUUGAUAAAAAUUGUGAAAAUAAAGUGUUAACGGCGAUAAAGCCCUUUGCCGAAAGUGAUUUAAAGUGUAAUCCAGUACUGCGAAUAGGUGUAUUGUUUUUGAAAACGGGAAAAUAAUCAGACUUUCCUUGGCUACCAUGGCUACUGCAACGGCUGCCACGUCUUCGACAUCUAGCAACCAGCAACAGCUGCAAACCUACGACGAUGAUGACGAGUUCCAGGAUGCUUGCGAUGCGGAAACAGCCUCCGCAUCUUGUGCAUUGGAUUUAGAAACAGCGCUUGCUGAGGCAAAGAUCGCAGUCGAUCUCUUCUUUAACAAUAAGUUUAAUGAAGCUGAAGCCCUUAUGAAACCUCUGGCAACAUCAAGCAUGUACCAUUCCGUCGGACAUAGCGUUUUCACGUAUCUGGAAGCGAUGCUUACAUUCGAACAGCAGCAUAUAGCAGCCUCAUCGGAAGCGCUCAAGCAGUGUUUAAACGUUUGCAAUCGUUAUCGGAAAAAGAACACCCUUACGGAAACAAUAGGCAAAACGUUCAAGAAGGUGAAUUACGAUCAGUACACGGAUUUGGAAGCACACGCCGAACUCUGCUCGGCCGAGGCAUUGUUGCUGAAGGCAAUGCUAACCUUUAUAGAAGAUGAAACGUUAACCAGCCUGAUUAAGGGAGGAAUGAAGAUUCGUAAUUGCUUCGCAAUGUACAAGGAAUGCAACAAUAUACUCAACCAUCGCCAGUGGGAAUCGGAAAGUUCGAAGCUUCACUUCGAAAGCGGCGUUCGCAUGGGUUUGGGCACGUUUAAUCUUAUGAUAUCUUUGCUACCGGCUCGGAUCAUAAAAUUGUUGGAAUUCAUAGGUUUUUCUGGCAAUAAGCAAUCCGGCAUGCAAGACUUGAUCACCGGUUCACAAAGCGAAGGCAUUCGACAGGUGCUGUGUGUGAUGACUUUACUAGGAUAUAAUCUGAUCGUGUGCUAUGUACUCAGUCACAAGGAAGGUGAUUUGCGUUUUUGUGACGAGCUGCUAGUUAAACAACUGAAACAGUACCCGGACGGUGUUUGGUUCCUGUUCUUCAAAGGACGUCUGGAAUUUAUGAAGGGUAACCUGGACGAUGCACUCAAAUGGUACAAAAAAUCAUGGAAAUCACAGAACGUUUGGCCACAAUUUCAUCAUCUAUGCUUUUGGGAGUUACUUUGGGUAAAUUGCUUACGGCUAGAUUGGCGAGAGUCGUUACUAUUCGCAACGUAUCUUGUCGAGAAUAGCAAGUGGUCGCGUACCAUUUACACAUAUCAGAAGGCAUCAAUCAUGUGCAUGCUGAAGACGGAGGAACUACAUUCCAGCGAGGUUCGAACGAUUGCUACUCUGAUGAAGGAGGUACCAAAGUACAAGCAGCGGAUAGCAGGCAAAUCGUUGCCAAUGGAGAAAUUUGCCUGUAAGAAAACUGAACGAUUCUUCGCCCAGCAAUCGUUCCUGUACGUGCCAGCGCUGGAGCUUAUGUACGUGUGGAAUUUGUUUAAGAUAUUGGGCAAACAUUUCCACCUUGCUGACGGCGUCUAUCGAAUAGUGGAGGAGAAUCUCACACACUAUGGGGAGCGUGUAAACUCCAAAUCAAACCCAGCGUUCAGUGUGUACGCAGCGGAUAACAAAGCUUUACUGUUGCUGCUAAAAGGUGCCUGUUUGCGGCAGAUGAACAGCCCUCUGCAAGCUACUCGGUGCCUUGAGGAUGUUAUUGCCAUGUACAAAGAUAUCAAGGAGGAUCAUUACCUUGUACCUUACGCAAUUGUGGAACUGGCACUGAUCUACAUCGAUCAAGGGAACAAAGACCAAGCCAUACUAGCUCUAGAGGAUGCUAAGAAAAAUUACAGUGGUUAUUCGCUGGAGUCACGAUUGCAUUUCCGGAUACAUACGGCACUGAUAGAACUCAAAGGCAAAAGCUACGAAAACAUUCCAGCAGGCGGUGAAUGAAGGGAGAGCGUUUAAAACAUUCGCCAUGACUAUUCAACGAUUAAUUGAUAAAAAAUAUAUGAAUAGGUAAACUAACAACGACUACACUGUGUGAGACCAAACCAAACGUGACACUAAAGAGAUCACUAAACAUCCAUCCAAAAAGGAUAGAGCAUACGCGCAGAGUACCAACGAAUAUGAAUUAUUCUACGUCAUACGAAAUCGUUUCCUAGUCAUGAUUUUACAGAGUGAUCAUUUGUUUCAGCAUUUAUGAUACGAGCACUUAAUUGCACUAGACUUAGGAAUGGGUUAUGUUUCACGUUUUGUUACGUAGACCGAUAUUACUAAGCAGGGCAGCCAUUUACGGAUUUACGGAGACACACACACACAAAUCAAACCCAUGAAUACGUAUAUCCAAGCAAAGUAGAAAUUUUAAACGGCGUAGGUAUUAUUUUAGUAGCAAUGUUUCAUUCGUGUGAUAAAGCAUAGAUCAAUCGUGUGGUUUAGAGCUUUCACUAAUGCGGGGUAAACAUUAGGCAAUAUGGGAUAUUUAAAUUAAAUGAUAAGAAGGGUUUAACUGAUUCAUUUGUGGGGUUGAUUUAAAACAAAGUACUGAACAUCAUGGCUAUGCUUGGGAUUAAAAGUAUGAUUCGUUUUUCUGUCGGUAUAAUUGUAAAAUAAACUGAUCAUUCCACCAUGAGCGGUGAAAAUUUAUGAUCAAAACAUGUGA